AAAGUAGUCACAGGGUGUAAAUAUGGGGAGGAGACGGCGACUCCUAUUCUAGUAAGCCGCCUCCGAAGAGCGCAUACCUACAGACGCCGUCAUGUGCAUGACUUGUUAAGAGAUUCUCGGGGGCAGAAGGCAGUAGUUUAUUGAGGCAGUUUCACGAAAGAGAAGUAACUUGGCAGCGAAACCGCGUGGAUACACAAAUUCAAACGAUAACUCAGUACAAGGGGGCUUUUUGUGAUCUGCCCUGUUUGACCAUCCAGCGCAUCCAGCUACUUUUGAGACGAAUCUGACAGCAUCGUUAAAUUGACGGAAGCGCCGAGCAGUAAAUUAUCUAUUUGUUUAUAACCAGUAACCUAAACCACACCAAUAAACGAGCAGAAAAUAUACCUAGUGUUACACACAGUCCUAGUCUCGGUUUAAAUAAUCAGCUAUCUCAUUUGUUUAUGAUUAGCUUUAGAAGCAGCGCUCUCGGUGAAGACCUCCACCCAGAUCAUCCUCCGAUCUCUCCAGCAUAACCAUGUCGUGGCAGGAUUACGUCAACAAGCAGCUGCUCGCCACGGGCUCGUUACGAGACGCCCUCAUCAUGGGUAUGGACGGCGUCAUCUGGGCUCGAAGUACUGGACUACAGGAGACCAAGCCUGAGGAAGUACAAAACCUCCUAGCCUCGCUGAGCGACGGAGGAGCGACUCUGGAGGACGUCGGAGGCAUCAGAGUGGCAGGCACCCGGUACCUGUACCUCGCCGGCGAGCCGGGCGUCUUCCUCAGCUGUAAGCGGGCCGCAGUCGGGCUGUACGUGCGCCAGACUCAGCGGGUGGCCAUAGUAGCCCUGUACCAGGACCCAGCCACGCUACAGCAGUGUGAGGCGUGCGUCACCAGCCUCUGCCACUACCUCGGCAACAAGGGCUUCUGAUCCUGGUCCUACGCGGCCUCAGCGGCAAGGUCGGAGCUACAGUCUACCUCGGCAACAAAGAGCUAUGGACGGUCCUUCGCUGCAUUGGCAGCAAAGGAUUCCGGUCGCGCUCUUGACGACCCUAGCUUUCGCAACAAGGGCUUUUGAUCGCGGUCCUUCGCUGCAAUGGCAACGAAAAAUGCCUAUCUGAGCUACUCUAAACUCGGCAACAAAGUCUUACGAUCGGGGUAUUCCUCUACAUUGGACUGCAUCACCGCAAUCACUGCAAUCAGUGCACCACUGCAACAAAGGAUUCUGUUCGCGCUCUUGACGACCCCAGCCUCUGCAAUAAGGGCGUCUGAUCGGGGGCUGCCUCAAAGUUGUCCACAAGGACUGCCUCUGCCUACGCAGCAGGGGCUUCUGAUUGGGUCACUGCGUGCUUCACUGCCUCGGCAACAAGAGCUUCUGAAUAAACAUCAAAUGAUUUCGAUUGGAUCGGUACCAUCAACAGCAAAGAUGCCGGUUCUGGUACUUCCUUUGCAACAAGGCUUCUGAUGGAGAUUGCCACUACCUCCUCAGCAAUGACAUUCGUUUGGACCCGUCCAAUGGAUCCGGCCGUCGUUUACAAUAGCAGCAAUGGCUUCUGACGGUAAAUUUAAUGCUGACCUUUUCGUUGAUGAUAGGGGUUUCCAAUGAAACACUGACCUAAGGCAACAUUUGUGUUUAAACCGCGCUUCAUCUACUUCGCAAACUGCAAUUUUAAGCGUUCACCAGCAGUGCCGCUUUGUAGGGGGCUUCUUUGGCGUGUCCUGAACUGUGUUUGACAAAAAGGGUCUCUGUUGCUGAUCACGAAGACAGUUUCUGAUGAACAAAGUUCCUCAAGGCAUCUGUCUUUCCUUCCUUAUCAAGAUAUUUGAAACGGGCCGUUACAUUACAGCUUUCUUGUGCGUGUUAGUAACGAUAAAAGUAUGAGUAAAAAAUGGUCAGCUUAUUCUGAAGCAGUGAUAAAAUUAGCAUAAAAGAAACCGAAUCAUAGCAACAAUGUCGAUCAAUCCGCAAUGUUAUCCAUGGCAAACAAAUGAAAUCAUUUCGA